CUAGAAUACAUUUCAUUUUCUCCGCAGACCACUUCCAAUGUUGCCUGGCAACCCACCAAGCUCUCCCUCCCAUGGUGCAACAGGAGCAUUAUCAAGUAGCGUUCAACCUCCACCCAGAACCAAGCCAGCUCUUACCGUCAAUAUACCAUCGCAACAAGCGAACAUAACCAACGGUGCCUCAAGAAGUCCACAGACACCAGAGACCUCUACAGGUGGGCAGUCAUCAAGCCGAGAUGCUACCCCACCAGGUAGUCCACCUCCUCAAGUACCCCCAAGAAGGCAUCAUGAGCUCAAUAGGAGUCUGUCGUUAAGCAAUGACGCAGAACCAGCCACUCAGAGGAUAGAAGUGCCUCCACCUCAGAAUACCACCACCACUGCUGAGACCAACCAGGAUGAGCACCCCUUGACCCAUUACCCCUGGUUCCAUGGUACCCUCUCGAGGAUAGAUGCUGCCCAGCUGGUCUUACAAGGAGGCCCUCUACGGCAUGGUGUAUUCCUGGUACGGCAGAGUGAGACAAGGAGAGGCGAGUGUGUUCUUACCUUCAACUUCCAUGGAAGGCCAAAGCACCUGCGGUUAACCCUUGACCCUGACAACCGUUGCAAGGUGACACACAUGUGGUUUGAGUCCAUCUUUGAGAUGCUGGAUCACUUCCGCAUGCAUCCGAUCCCACUGGACAGUCGUGAUGGCACCUCCCAGCCGGACGUCACCCUCACUGAGUUUGUACCCAACUCACAGUCUCUGAGCACCCCUAGUACCCCCCUCACGCCGGACCUCCCCAUUGACAUGGAGUCGGGGAUUCCCCACUCAGAAUUCAUGGACAUACCUAAUGCCUUUGAGAUGGCGGUGUCGGAUCCAUCUUCCGCAGGACGUCUGAGCUCACAUUCAUCGUUAGAACGGCAGAACGGCCAGCAUGCCACACACAAAGCAGUGCGGAACCAGUAUUCAUUUGUAUAAUAAGAGAGAGAGAGAGAGUGAGAUAGAUGAUGAUGAUGAUGAUGAUGAUGAUGGUGAUGAUGAUGAUGAUGAUGA